AUGGCAAGCAAAACCUCUACUAGUAGUACUCUUUCUUGGCUUCUCCUCCUCUGCCUCGCCUUCACUCUGCUUGUCGGUCACUCAACUUCUCAGAAUGACCGAAAGGCUUAUAUUGUGUAUAUGGGCAACAGGAAGAUGGAUGAGGUUUCCACAUCAUCCCUUCACACAAGCAUGCUACAAGAUGUCAUUGGCAGUACUGGACCAAAAUCUCUAAUCUAUAGCUACUCGAGGAGCUUCAGUGGAUUUGCAGCGGAACUAACCGAACAAGAAGCUCAAAAAAUAGCUGGAAUGGAAGGCGUAGUGUCCGUGUUCCCUAGCGAACAAAGCCAACUUCAUACAACAAGGUCAUGGGACUUCCUUGGCUUUCCGCAAAAUGUUCAAAGAAGACCUAUUGAAAGUGACAUAAUUAUAGGAGUGCUUGACACUGGAAUUUGGCCGGAGUCAGAAAGCUUUAGUGACAAAGGAUUUGGUCCAGCACCUACGAAAUGGAGGGACACUUGCCAAGCCUCCAUCAAUUUCACUUGCAACAAUAAAAUCAUUGGAGCAAAAUACUAUCGUAGCAGUGGAGUUUUUGUCGGAAAUGAUGUUAAAUCUCCUAGAGAUUCCGAUGGCCAUGGGACACACACAGCAUCAACAGCAGCUGGGAAUUUAGUUAGCGGGGCAAGCCUACUGGGGUAUGGGUUGGGAACAGCACGAGGAGGAGUUCCGUCAGCACGUACUGCUGUCUACAAAAUAUGUUGGUCCAAUGGCUGUUCUGAUGCUGACAGUCUUAAGGCAUUUGACGAUGCCAUUGCCGAUGGCGUUGACAUCAUAUCUUUUUCCGUUGGUAGACACAUAGCACUGGAGUACUUUCAAGAUGUAUAUGCCAUUGGUGCCUUUCAUGCUAUGCAAAAUGGAAUAUUGACAUCAAUGUCUGCUGGUAACGACGGUCCAGGUCGAUCAACCAUCACAAACAUUGCGCCAUGGUCUCUCUCUGUGGCUGCAAGCACUAUAGAUCGAAAGUUCUCCACUCAGGUCCAAUUGGGUAACAACAAUAUCUAUGAGGGAAUUUCAAUUAAUACAUUUGACCUCAACAAUAAACAGUAUCCAAUAAUUUAUGGCGGAGAUGCACCAAACACCGGUGUUCAAAGUUCCACUUCCAGGUAUUGCUUAAAUAAUUCACUGGACCAAGCUUUGGUGAAGGGUAAAAUUGUACUUUGCGAUGGCCGGACUAAUGGGUCAGGGGGAUUUGUAGCUGGUGCUGUUGGUACUGUGAUGCGAGGCCAAGAAUACCAAGAUUUUGCUCAAUCUUAUCCCUUGCCUGCAUCAUACCUUCGCUUGGCGGAUGGUAGCGAAGUGUACAAAUACAUAAAUUCAACAAGGGGAGCAACUGCGACUAUUCAAAAAAGUAAAGAAGUUAAAGAUAUAAUUGCUCCUUACAUUGUGUCUUUCUCAUCAAGGGGGCCAAGUAAUAUUACACGCAAUAUUCUCAAGCCGGAUUUAGCUGCUCCUGGAGUUCACAUCCUAGCAGCAUGGUCUCAAAUAUCCCCAAUUUCAGGAGUUACGGGUGAUAAGAGAAUGCUGCUAUACAAUAUAAUCUCGGGAACAUCAAUGGCUUGCCCACAUGCUACAGGGGCGGCUGCCUACAUCAAAUCCUUUCACCCCACAUGGUCACCUGCCACUAUCAAGUCGGCUCUUAUGACUACAGGUAAUAUCUAUAUGAUGUAUAAUCCUCGAUCUUGA